AUGUCUGUGACCUGGCAGAUGAUACAAAGAAAUAUGUUCAGUGGAAAAAUGUUAGGUGGAAGUGUGCCCAGAGUUUUUUUGAAAUCAAAACAAUGGGAUGAGAAAACUUCAACAUUUACUUCGGAUGAGGCUCUCCCAACUAUCAGAACAAACGUCAGAAGGCGUAGUAGACUGCCACGCAUGAAUGACCCGGAGGAGUCCACUGACCAGCUGACUUCGGUUGCCAUGGGUGACAUGGUCACAUUCCCCUGCUCUGUCUGCCACCAAGAACUGAACACAGCUGGGAAUUUUCUCCAUAAGAAACAUCACAAUGCUCUGAGUACGCUGGGUUUCGAGUGGAUGGGAGGGAGGAAACCAAAGCCCAAAGUGGUCAGUUUUCACAGAGAGAAUAUAAUUUCUAACCUUUUGAGAUCUUCUACAUACAGUGAAAAAGUCCUUCAGAGUAUGAAUUAUGCAUUUGAGCUUCUUAGGAAGAAACAAAUUCCGUCGUACUUCAAACUUUGUGACAAGGUCGGAGAGACUUCUAUAUAUUCUCCAACCAGCUACCACCUUCUGAUUAAAGGUAUAGCCAUCUGUAGCAAUAAUAAUUCAGCCUGGAAAGCUGAGCCCAACUGUAAAUUCACGGUCGUGAACGACUUUGGCGAUAAAGCCAAUGUGUGCUUUUUCGGUUUAUUUGAUAGUCAUCAUGGUUACGCAGCAGCAGACCUGGCAUCAAAGGAGUUUCAGGUUUUACUUCUCCAUCAACUGUCUGUACAGGAUCCUUCCUACCAGAUGACAGCCGAGCAACAGGAACUCAUCAAUUCCUUUCACACGGUGUUCAGGGAAGAAUACAGAGCCAGAGAAGAGGCCUUCUCUUCCACAUACAAAACCUUCAGAACCAAUGAACGGGAGUAUGAGGAUACACACAAAGCCUUUGCCAAGGCAUUCUGGAGAAUGGAUAGGCUUCUACGGCUGGGAAGGAACGAGGUCUCCCGGGUUCGGUGGAGCGGCUGUUCAGCACUCACGUGUAUAUUAGAGGGUGGGAUUAAGAACCCACAGGACUGGGAAAAAACCUAUCAGCAUGGUGUUAACAGCUCUCCCUUCCAGAAGAUUCCACAGAUCAUCUCUGGAGUACUACACAUUGCAAAUGCUGGAAAUGUACAAGCAGUCUUAUGCAGAAAUGGAAAAGGAUUUUGCCUGACCAAGGAGCACACUACACGAAACACUAAAGAAAGAAGAAGAGUACUUUACAGCGAAGUAGGGAUUAGUUCAGAUGACCCAUAUGGUCUCCUGGAUGGGCACAUAAAAACCACCAGGGGUCUUGGAUUCCAUGGAAACCUCAGACUAAAAAAGGCCAUUAUUCCAGUACCACAAACAAUUUCUGUCCCUAUAGAUGAUUUAUGUCAGUUUCUCAUCUUAGCCACCAAUGGACUUUGGCAAGUUUUGGACAAGAAGGAAGUCACUGCACUGGUAAUCACUUUGUUUCAGGUAUAUAAAGAAACAUGUGUUUCUGGUCCUAGAAAUAAACCCUGGCCAUCUAAAAGCCUGCUUUUCCCACCAGACAGUAAAAUCCGCGUGCUGUUCCAAUACCAGCCUGAAAAUGAAGACAUUACGUCAACUACAGAUGUAAUGAAAAGGGUAUCUGACUCACCAUUUGCUGACACCAACAUUCAUCAAGAUACAUCUGCAGAAACAUUUCUACCAAAAGAGAGUAAUGGCUUACCCACUACGAACAGUAAGCAGGAAAGUGAGAAAGAACUAUGUAUUAAGAAUUUCUAUAAAGGUGCAGCUGAGUACAUUGGCUGUCAACUUGUAAGUGCUGCAAUAGAAGGUGGUUCCAGAGACAGCAUCACUGUUAUGGUAAUGUUUCUCAAUGGAAGUGAGUAUCACAGGCGGACAUGA